AUGAAAUACACUAUUACUUGUUGUGAUUUGGUGUUACCUUAUGGUGCUAUGAACCAAAAAUGUGCCAGAGGGAUAGUCUUUCCUUAUAAUGAUGGGUUAAUUCACUCACUUCCUUUACGCGAAAAUCACUUGAAGGUUAUGGUAGACAACAUAGAUGAAAGAUAUAAAGGUAUUCCUAUUCCUGUGAUGACAAAUGAAGUUGGUACCCUAGAAGAUGUAGUUGGCACUGUAAUUCAAUGGACGCAGAUCGCAAUUGUUCUUAGUAGGGAACAACAAAGCAAGGCGUCAUCACAACAACAAAUUCAGACCACAAGUGCACGACCAUCAACCGCAAAGGUUGUUAUGGAAAAAAAACAUGCCAAACCAGAAGAUCAACAAACCAAGGCCAAUAGAAUCACUUCGUGA